AUAUUAGAUACGGUGGCUUGUACCAGUAUUUAUAGGGAUGCAAGUCUCACUUUUCAUCAUACAGCUUUCCUACAAGCAAUCCAGCAACGGUUUCAUCGUAGAUCUGUGAUCUCAAGCUCAGCCUGUAUUCAAGAUGAGUUGCAAACUUUCCUUGGUACUUGCCGUCUUGGCAUUAGCAGCUAUCUUUUCCACGAAGCAAUGUGAUGCAGUCUAUGUGGGUGGAGUAGACGUCUAUGGAAAUAGAUAUGGAUACUCUCCCUAUAAUUAUUAUGGCGGAUACCCCUACAGUUAUUAUGGUGGUUACCCCUACAGUUAUUAUGGCGGAUACCCCUACAGUUAUUAUGGCGGAUACCCCUACAGUUAUUAUGGCGGAUACCCCUACAGUUAUUAUGGCGGAUACCCCUACAAUUAUUAUGGCGGAUACCCCUACAGUUAUUAUGGCGGAUACCCCUACAGUUAUUAUGGCGGAUACCCAUCAGGGUGUGGUGUAUAUGGGCUUGGGUAUGGAUAUGGUAGGUACUGAAGAAUUUGUACUCCAAGGUCACGCUGGUGAAUAAUCUUGAAUUUUUUGUGUCAACCAGUGAUUAAUUAGCACUUUGCUAAAUAAAUAUUGAAAUGAGAUAAA